CAGCCUGCCGUCUCCAGCCACACCGACCCCGGCAGGCAGCCAAGAGACCACAUCGUUCCCACCCAGUGGUGACUGCCCGGCCAGGCCCACGCUGCCUCACCCAUGGGGAACAGCAGAAGUGGGGUCCUGUCCAAGGAGAUCCUGGAGGAACUGCAGCUGAGCACCAAGUUCACAGAGGAAGAACUGUGUGCCUGGUACCAGUCCUUCCUGAAGGAGUGCCCCAGUGGGCGCAUCACCCGGCAGGAGUUCCAGAGCAUCUAUGCCAAGUUCUUCCCCGACGCUGACCCCCAGGCCUAUGCCCAGCACGUGUUCCGCAGCUUCGAUGCCAACAGCGACGGGUCCCUGGACUUCCAGGAGUACAUCAUCGCCCUACACAUGACCACCGCAGGCAAGACCGACCAGAAGCUGGAGUGGGCCUUCUCCCUCUACGAUGUGGAUGGCAACGGGACCAUCAGCAAGAGUGAGGUGCUGGAGAUCGUCACGGCUAUUUUCAAAAUGAUCAAUCCUGAGGACGUGAAGCACCUACCAGAUGAUGAAAACACCCCGGAGAAACGGACUGAGAAGAUCUGGGGAUUCUUUGGGAAAAAGGAUGAUGAUAAACUUACAGAGGGAGAGUUCAUCGAGGGGACCCUGGCAAAUAAGGAAAUUCUGCGACUGAUCCAAUUUGAGCCUCAAAAAGUGAAGGAAAGGCUAAAGGAAAAGAAACCAUGAGACCAGCUGCUCAGCCCUCCUCCCUCCCCUCACCAUGCACACAAACACCGUCAUGCACAUGCAUGUGCUCACACACACCUGGGGCCAAGAGAGGGGCUUCUGAGCCUACAGUAGGCUCCCUGCCCAACAGCACUCCACCAGUUCCUUCUUCCCUGCCCUUAGACUCCCUCCCAUUAUGCCUGCCUCCCCUGCCCCUGCCCACAGCCCCCGCCUCCAAGGUAAUCCCAGGAUUAGGUGACAGGAGUCCGGAACAGCCUGUGUAAGCUCCUUUGUGGAGUGCUGGAUAAGCAGGUUCCAAUAAAUGCAACAGGAGUUGAG